AUGAUUCAUCCACGAUAUUAUUCAUAUGAAUAUUAUGAAGAUAACUCAAAUACAACAUCAAUAUGUUCAAUGGAUUCAUCUUUUAUUGAUAAUGGUGGAUUUAUUCCUCAAAUUCAAAGAUUUAAGAAUUUAGUUUCUUUAAAAUUUAAUAAUACUGAACUUAACCAUUUGGAUGAACUUAUUUCACUUCCAUUAACUUUAUUAGAUAUUUCUAAUAAUCAAAUUAGUUCAUUAUCUCCAUUGAUUUAUCUUACUACACUUAAAUUUCUUAAUGCAUCAACAAACCCUAUUUUAUUAAUUCCUCCAUUACCAGAGCUUAAAUCACUUUGUCUUAACAAUUGUCCAUUAAAAGAUAAUAAACAAACAAUAAGGUCACUGUAUAAAAUGACAACAUUAACAUGCCUAGAACUUCCACGUUCUACUCAUACAAAACUAAUAGAUCCUAAACAAGCUCUUCAAAGAAUAAGAUUUCAAAGAAGAAAAGGGAAAUUAUUUAAAACACAAAAAGAAUAUUAUGAAAGAAUUAAUAAUACACCUACACCAUUAAUAUUUGAUAGUGAUAUUUAUAUUAGAACACUUAUUUUAUUUUUACCACUUCUUAUUGUAUUUAAUAAAGAAAGAAUAGAUAAAAAUGUUAGAAGAUUAAUUGCACAAUCUGUUAAUGAUGAAGUAUCAAUUCCAUUACAACAUACUUCAAUUAUUAAUUAUAUUCAACAUAUUCAAUUAGGUAAAAUACAAAGAAAUUAUAAUUCAUUUAUAACAACAUUAUAUAGAUUUAAUGAAACACCAUUUAAACAAUUAAUACCAGAAAUUGAAGUUCCAAGACAAAUAGAAUAUAAUAAAUGUAUUCCAGGAAAACUUCUUGUAAGUUGUUUAAAUGGAAAAAUAUAUCUUUAUGAUUUUCAAUCAAAUAUAUCAACACAAAUAGAUUCUCCAUUUAAUUCUUCACCAUAUGGGAUUUGUUGGUGUUCAGAAAAAUCAAAAGCAAAUAAUUGUAUUAUUGGUAGUGAUACAGGAAAAUUAUGUUAUUAUGAUUUUUCAAAAAGAAAACAACCAUUAUUAACAAUAGAUAAUUUAGAAAGAAUAACUUCUGUACAUCUUAAUUGUAAUUGUUCAAAAUUUAUUACUUCAGGAUUUGAAACUAAUAUAAAUCUUUUUGAUUUUGAAACAUUUAAAUUAGAAAGAGUUUAUGGAUCUUUACAUAAUGAAAAUGUUAAUGUAGCAAAAUUUUCUAAUACUAAUCCAUUUUUAUUUACAACAUGUUCUUUUGAUUCUUGUGCAGCAAUAUGGGAUCUUAGAACAGAUUGUUCUAUUCCAGUAAUAAAAUAUAUUGGAGAAACAUUAUUAGUAACAACAAUAUUCUCAGAAAAUGAUUUAAAUAUUCUUAUUGCUGGUUGUGAUAAUUAUGUUGAAUCAAUUGAUCUUAGAAUUCAAAAAGGAAUAAAAAUGCAAUUAGAAAGAAGAUGGGAUAAUAAUUCAUUUUGUCGUGGUUAUUAUUGUAAUGGAGGAGAAUCUGUUGUUAUUAGUAAUUCACAUGAACAAACACUUCAUAUAACAAGAACAUAUGAUGGUAAAAGAAUUAUUGAUUGUCAUUGUGAUAAUAUUAAUCAUCAAUUAAAUUUUGAUGGUAUUAUUACUGUUAGAUGUGAUCCAUUUAAUGAUUUUGAUUUUAGUUUAGUUAUGAAUAAUGAUUCAUUAACUCAACUUGGGUUAUUCCAUUGCCAACUAAUCUAG